AUGAAUAAUCCAACAACUUUUCAUUCAUAUCCAUCGUCGCAACAAAAACAAUACCGUCUUCAAAACCGAUGGUCGUUAGAUUCUUCACCUCAACAAACUGUACGUCCAACUAUAACCAGCACGUUCGAAAAUCCAUAUACAAACUCUUAUUUUUAUUCAAAACAACAAUUCUAUCCGACUCAGUAUAAUAAUAAUAAUAAUAAUAAUAAUAGUAGUGAAUCAAUUCCUGUUUCUGUAGAUCAAACAAAUCAUUAUCCCCCUAUAAAUCGUUACUAUCAACCGAAAUCAACAUUUAAUGUAAACGAUCUUCGUCAACGAUAUGAAGAUAAAACAGUUGUUGUCGUUCAGCCAUUAAUCAAUAGAUCAAAAUCUCGAGCACAUAUCGAACUCAUAAAUGAAAAACAGCAUGAAUCCAUUAAAAAUGAACAAUAUUUGUUAGACACAGAUAAAUUGCAAGGAAACGACGAUAAACGAUAUGGACAUGUAUCUUAUUGCAAUACAAUUAAUCGAAAACCACCGUUAUAUCCAGAUAAUAACUUAACAACUUGUUCAACACCCGUUGUCUAUCGUUCGAAACCACCACUUCCCAUUCAACCACCAACCGUACCUCGGCGACAUUCAUCAAUCUGCAAUCGCAUUUCUCGAACUAUAUCCACAUCAUCUUCUACUUUCAUUCCCGAUUCUUUGUAUUCAAUACUAUCGCGUCCCGAAUCACGAAAUCUUUAUUCAGAUGUAGAAAUUGAUGUGAAAAAAAUUGAACUUUUCUACGGGAGCGUGGGAACUUUGGUAAAAGCAGGUCGAUCAAUGGCACAUCUCUAUACAACAACAACAAAACAAAUGGCCAAUUUUGAAGAUUGGUCAAGUCAACAACGUGGGAUACCAGUGUUGAUUUAUAACACAGGAGCAAAUCUAAAACGUUUAAGAGAAAUAAAAAUCAUACUCGUUGAAAAUGGAAGUUGUUUUGCGGUAUGGACAUGUCUUAUUAGUCAACAGUCGGAAAUACGUUUACCCAAAGAGGGUUUUGUCAGUUGUUGGCUCCCGCAACAAAACAUGUUAGCAGUUUUGAAAUUUGAUAAAAAUGAUGCGUGUCGCCUAUUUUUUCGACAAUAUUUUGAAAUACUUGAAUGUGAACGAAAAUGUAUGAUGAAUGAAAACAAUCGAUUAUCACCAUCAGCAGAUGAUCGCGAAAAAACACCAAGACGAUACUCGAAAAUCAGAUCAACAGUAAGAUCAAUCGAACCAAAAACGUCCAUAUUCGAGCAAAAAGUUAUUGCAACCAAAAAUAACGGUCAAAAUAAUGAAUUAAGACGAUGCCGAAGCUUAUCAAAAACACGCCUAGUAAAAAAAUCGGCUAUUAGUGGACCUGUGAAUUUUGAACAUGUGAAUCAUAUUGCGAAUAAUAAUCGAAAUUCUAUUACUGUUUCACAAUUAGGCGGUUCAACAUCGUUGAGAUGUUUGCAUUCUUCGACGUCAAAUAUCAUGAAUGUUCCAGAUGAUGGUUAUUCAUCAAAUAGAAUAUUGUAUUUUAAUAAAAGAGCAUCCGCGUACGAACCAAGAACUACAGAAGUUUAA